AGGAACAGUGCAAAGUUGGCGGUGGUCGGCAUAGGAGUGAGUUACUGAACAGUGCAGCCGUGAGGGAACUGCAUUUGUGAAUGUUUUCUGGCUGUGUGGUUAUCAAAGAUUGUUGAUUGAAAUGUCAGGGUUUGACAACUUCAACACGGAUUUUUACCAGUCCAGCUACAGUGUCGAUGACCAAAAUAGCCAGGGAUAUGGCUAUGGCAAUACAGAGGACCCAUACAAUAAGCAAUAUGGGCAGUAUGACUAUUCCCAGCCCAUGGGUUAUGGCAACCCAGGCAUGGCGCCCCAGCCCCAGCAGCCCUACACAGGACAGAUCUUCCAGCCUGCGACCGCCUACACCCCUGCCCCAGCACAGUCCAUGUACAGCAGCAGCUUUGAGGACGAACCGCCCCUACUAGAAGAGUUGGGCAUCAACUUUGACCACAUCUGGCAGAAGACGCUAACGGUGCUGCAUCCCAUGAAGGUAGCUGAUGGUAGCAUCAUGACAGAGACGGACCUGGCUGGACCCAUGGUCUUCUGCCUGGCCUUUGGCGCCACACUGCUAUUCACGGGUAAGAUCCAGUUUGGCUACGUGUACGGCAUCAGUGCCAUCGGCUGCCUGGGCAUGUACUGCCUCCUCAACCUCAUGGCCAUGACGGGGGUGUCCUUCGGCUGCGUCGCCAGCGUCCUGGGGUACUGCCUCCUUCCCAUGAUCCUCCUUUCCAGCUUCGGCGUGCUCUUCUCCCUACAAGGCAUGAUGGGUAUAGUCAUCACGGCGGUCAUCAUCGGCUGGUGCAGUCUCUCGGCGUCCAAGAUCUUCAUCUCUGCGCUGGAGAUGGAGGGCCAGCAGCUCCUGGUGGCCUACCCCUGCGCCCUCCUCUAUGGCGUCUUCGCCCUCAUCUCCGUCUUCUGAACACUCUCUCCCUCCCCAGCCCUUUUCCUCAUCUUCAUCAUCAUCCUCGUCCUCCAUUUUCCCAGCACCUCCACCGUUGCCACCUCCUCCCUGCACCUCCCAAAGCCCUCCUGGGGCCGCAGAGCUGUGUCGUGGGGCCCCGAAGACCAACACAGCUGCUGGUGGCCCCUACCCCUGCUGGUCGCGCUCAUCUCCCGUCUUCUGAACAUUCUCUCCCCAGCCCUUUUGCUCAUCUUCAUCAUCAUCAUCAUCAUCAUCAUCCUCCCAUUUCCCAGCACCUCCACCAUUGCCAGCCACCCUCCUGCUCCUCCAAACCCCCCCUCAGCGUUUGCCUCCUGGGCUAUAGAACUGUGUCGUGGGGCCCGAAGAUCAACACAGCUGCUUGGUCGCCUACCCCUGCGCGCUAGAAUCAGUCCUCUGGACACUCUCCCCAGCCCUUUUCUUCAUCCUCAGCUUCAUCCUCCUCAUCCUCCAAUGCCUACUGUUGCCACAUCCCUGCUCCUCCACUUGGUGGCUCCCCCACUCUCUCUCUCCCUCUGCGCUCGCCUCCUGGGCUAUAGAGAUGUGUUGUGGUGGGCCCGAAUACGCGUCCUCCCCUCUACUAUGAAGGACCAGAGAGAGUUUCACUCUCUCUCUACAUCUUCGACUGAAUAAUUCCUCACGUCCAAGAAAAACGAACUCUCCUACCCUACCCUCCACUGCACACACCAAAUGAUUCACGUCAUCUUUUUACAGUUCUGCAGUCUG